UGCUACCGAGGGUAUAAUAGUAAACUACUACAAGCUCCAAGUUCUUCAAUUACUUUCUAGAAUCUAGAUCUCACUAGUCAAAACUACUAUCAAAGAUUUCCUGCCCAAGUUGCUAGGAUGCAAGCUCUUGUUCAACUGCCACUCAUAGAACAUGAAACUUGCAGACCUUAAGCUUCUCUUUAAUGGCGGUUCUUAGUCUCCCUUCUUUCUUGCUCAUCUUCUCCUUCGUCUUCUCUGCUGCAUUACCAGAGGUUAAAGCACAACAAGCUAAAGACGAACCUUAUGUGGGAGUUAACAUAGGAACAGAUGUCUCAAAUUUACUUCCACCUGCAAAAUUAGUGUCAUUCUUGCAACAACAAAAGGUAACCCAUAUCCGUAUCUAUGAUUCCGACCCGGAAAUCCUCAAAGCCCUAUCAAAAACCAAGAUUCGGGUCAUCGUUUCAGUACCCAAUAACCAAAUCCUCGGUAUCGGGUCAUCCAACACCACCGCAGCAAACUGGAUCAACAAGAAUGUCGCCGCAUUCUACCCGGACACCCUCAUCACCACCGUGGCAGUCGGCGAUGAGGUGUUAACCACCGUCCCUUCGUUAUCUUCCAUGUUAAUGCCCGCCAUUGAAUCGCUUUACAGUGCUUUAGUCGCAUCAAAUUUACAUACCCAGAUCAAAAUCUCCACCCCACAUGCUGCUAAUAUCAUUCUCGAUCCAUUCCCACCUUCACAAGCAUAUUUCAAUCAAACCAUUUCGCCUGUUGUCGUUCAACUUCUUAAGUUUCUUUCAAGGACUAGUUCGCCAUUGAUGAUGAACAUGUACCCGUACUAUGUGUUUAUGCAAAACAAAGGAGUCGUCCCUCUUGAUAAUUCAUUGUUUAAACCAUUAACACCUUCGAAAGAGAUGGUCGAUCCGAAUACAUUAUUGCAUUACACAAACGUUCUUGACGCCAUGAUCGAUUCCGCUUAUAACUCAAUGAAGAAUCUAAACGUUUCCGAUGUUUUGGUUCUUGUAACUGAAACCGGUUGGCCUUCAAAGGGCGACUCAAAAGAACCAUACGCAACAAUCGAUAAUGCCGAUACGUAUAAUUCGAAUUUAAUCAAACAUAUUCUUGAUCGAAGUGGGACACCUUUGCAUCCUGAAUACACUUCUAGUGUUUACAUAUACGAAUUGUUUAAUGAAGAUUUGAGGUCGACUCCUGUUUCUGAAGCGAAUUGGGGGCUUUUUUAUGCAAAUUCGACUCCUGUUUACUUGCUUCAUGUAUCUGGAAGAGGUGAAUUUUUAGCGAAUGAUACUACGAAUCAAACGUUUUGUGUUGCAAUGGAAGGGGUUGAUGGUAAAACAUUGCAAACUGCUUUGGAUUGGGCUUGUGGGCCCGGAAGAGCAAAUUGUUCAGAAAUUCAACCAGGGGAAACUUGUUAUUCACCUAAUAAUGUUCAAAAUCAUGCUUCAUAUGCAUUUGAUAGUUACUAUGAAAAAGAAGGAAGGUCUACAAGUUCUUGUGAUUUCAAAGGUGUUGCCAUGAUCACAACUACUGAUCCAAGUCACGGGGUCUGUGUAUUUCCAGGAAGUAAGAUAAUAAGCAAUAGAACGAACACAGUGGUGAACUCGACCAAUGCAACAAGUGGCAUGGAAACAUCAAGAUUCGUUGGGGACAAUUUACGUGUUUUUUGGGGACUGAUUAUUGGUGUCAUCUUCUGUUUAUUUAUUUUGUGACCUCAAAG